AGCAAAGGAAUGAAGAGGAGAGAAACUGAACGGGAGGCUUGAGUUUUGUGUUGCCUCUUGAAACCUUAUGAAUGGAUUACCAGCAGCUGAGAGCCAGGAGAGUCCUAUAGGGGAUGCAAGAUCACCCACACACUCAAAGGGGGAGAAAAGCAGGCGGAACCCUCCCAUGGUGUGCUAUCCUCCUUCCUGAAAUGAAUGAGACCCACCAGGCUCCCAGAAGGUGAAAUCAAGGGCUCCCAGUCUCAUUUGGUCAAGAGAGCAGCAGACUGGCAGCUAGAGAACUUUACAGAGACUUGCAGCAUACCAACAAGUUGGACGGGAUAAAAAACUCUCUUCAAUAGUCAACAACCCUGAGCGCCACGCUGAGGGAGCGCUCACCUACUCAGGCAGACUGGAAGCUGUAUGGACACCUGGCUGAGGACCUCUGAAGAGUGGAAGUUAAGUACCAGCAUAGAUUUUUAUGCCCCCAGACUUUAUUGCAUUUUUAGAUAACAAGAAUCAAAUUGUGUCUCAGUCUAAAAGUUUUUUUUUUUCCCCUAGCAAUUUGCUUUAAGUUGAACAUAUUUUGGGCGAUGGGCUCUAAAAGGGGAAUCUGACUCUUAGGGAAGAAAGAAGAGGCAGAGGAGAACAUUAGCGAAUAAGAUUAUUUUGAAUGACCAGCUAGGGUGCUGUGUUUUGGAGAGAAUUUGGCUUACGUCAUACAUACUCUUCUAGUAUCAGUGAGGAGAGGAGUUCCUGAAGGAAGAAAAGGAAACCUGAGGUCUCUGGGAGGAAAUUCAAAGUAAGAACAGUUAACUUCAUUCUGAAGGACUGAAAUCAAGCAAGAAGAGAGGUCAGGGGAGAAGGCUGAGAGAAGCCCUGCAGCAGGAGGAAUAGAAGCUACAGGGAGCUGGCUGAAUUUCUAUGACAGGUAGCCAGGUGGGACAUAUUCUUGGGGCUCCUUGAAAAAGUUUCGUUUGUGAAUCAGUUUCCCUGGUGAUUUCAAAUCCACUGCUGUUUUUUUUUUUGUUUGUUUGUUUUUGUUUUUGUUUUCGUUUUCCUCUUCUCCCCAUCAUUCUUGUGUGGUAUCCAGAAGCUGACCUCUGGUUCUGAGGAGCAAGUUGAGGGAGGUAUGAUGUGCUGGAAGGUCCUGAGAGUCAGCCUGGUGGUCCUGGCUGGGUGGGCAUUCAGUACCACCAACUCGGAGCUGGGCUGGACACGCAAGAAAUUUCUGGCCCAGAGGGGACAACUGACCCAGGUGCUGUUGGAAGGGGAACGUUGUUGGCUGGGGACCAAGAUUCGAAGACCCAGAACUGCUCCUCAGCAUCAUCUCUUUGGGGUCUACCCAAGCCGACCCGGAAGCUACCCGAGGCCCUAUGCUGUGGCGAAGAAGCGAACCCAGAAUGCAGGAUGGAGUCCUCCAGGCAUGGAGAGACAGGCUCCGAGUAUGGUUCUGCGAGACCUGCCGGAGAAGCCAGCAGGAGUGAGGAGGGAGCCUGAGCAGCCAGCUGCCCUGUGGGUAGGGGAUGGUCCUAUUGGGCAAUCAGAGCUGCUGAGAGAUGAUGACACUUAUGUUGGCAACGGAGGAUCCAAGGAGGCGCUAGGUGAGUCUGUGACUCGGGAAAGCUCAGAAACGGCUGCCUCCACCAUCACCACCUUUGCAUACCAGAAAAGACCCACAGCAGAGACCCAGAGGAAGGGCCAGGCCAGGUCUAGGCUUCCUCGCCAAGUGCUGAAGAGGCAGGCAGAAGAUGUGACCAGAGACUCCCAGAAUGCCCCUCUAGAUUUCCAGCUCUGGCCUAAGAACUCCCUUAAGCACGGAGAUAGUGACAGUCCAUUGGAGGGCACCAUCCAAAAUGGUGGAGGGGGCUCUGCCUGGGGCGCAGAGACCUUUAACCUCCAAGGAAGAUUGCCUGUACUGUACUUCUCUGGGAAGAGGGAGCGGCUGCUGCUGCGUCCAGAAGUGCUGGCUGAGAGUCCCAGGGAGGCGUUCACUGUGGAAGCCUGGGUGAGACCAGAGGGAGGACAGAGCAACCCAGCCAUCAUCGCAGGUGUGUUUGAUAACUGCUCCCACACAGCCAAUGACAAGGGCUGGGCCCUGGGGAUCCACUCAGGGAAGGACAAGGGCAGGAGAGAUGCUCGAUUCUUCUUUUCUCUCCGCACUGACCGGGUGAAGAAAGCUACUAUUGUGACUGGCCACAGCCGAUACCAGCCAGGCACAUGGACUCAUGUAGCAGCCACUUACGACGGACAGCAUAUAGCUCUGUAUGUGGAUGGCGCUCGAGUGGCUAGAAGUCCUGACCAGUCUGGUCCACUGAAUAGCCCUUUCAUGGCAUCCUGCCGCUCCCUACUCCUGGGAGGGGACAGCUCCGAGGAUGGGCAUUAUUUCCGUGGAUAUCUGGGCACGCUGAUCAUCUGGUCGACUGCCCUCUCACAAACCCACCUCCAGCACAGUCCCCAGCAUCCAAGUGGAGUGGAUGAGUUGACCACCCUGAUCCUGACAGCCGCUUUCAACCCUCUAAAGGAACAGUGGGCCCCCUUUAGAGAUGAGACAUAUCCCCGGCUGGAGGUUCUCCAGGACUCUGAGUCACAGCCUGAGAUUCUGUCACCUUUGCAGCCCCCACCUUGUGGGCAAACAGUUUGUGACAAUGUGGAACUGAUCUCCCAGUACAAUGAGCAUGGGCCUCUUCGGGGAGAGAAAGUGAUCCGCUACCAGGUGGUCAACAUCUGUGAUGAUGAGGGCCUGCGUCCCAUUGUGAGUGAUGAUCAGAUCCGCCGGCAGCACCAGGCACUGAAUGAGGCCUUCAGCCGCUACAAUAUCAGCUGGCAGCUGAAUGUCCACCAAGUCCACAACUCCACCCUGCGCCACCGGGUAGUGCUCGUUAAUUGUGAGCCCAGCAAGAUUGGCAAUGACCACUGUGACCCUGAGUGUGAGCAUCCACUCACCGGCUACGAUGGGGGCGAUUGCCGCCUGCAGGGUCGCUGCUACUCCUGGAAUCGCAGGGAUGGACUCUGUCAUGUGGCGUGCAACAACAUGCUGAAUGAUUUUGAUGAUGGGGACUGCUGCGAUCCUGAAGUGACUGAUGUCCGCAAGACUUGCUUUGACCCUGACUCACCCAAGAGGGCAUACAUGAGUGUGAAGGAGCUAAAGGAGGCCUUGCAGCUCAACAGCACUCAUUUCCUCAAUGUCUACUUCGCCAGCUCAGUCCGGGAAGACCUUGCGGGUGCUGCCACGUGGCCUUGGGACAAAGAAGCUGUCAGUCACUUGGGUGGUGUCGUCCUCAACCCAGCCUAUUAUGGCAUGCCUGGCCACACCAACAUUAUGAUCCAUGAGGUGGGACAUGUCUUGGGACUCUACCAUGUAUUCAAAGGAGUCAGUGAAAGAGAAUCCUGUGAUGACCCCUGUAGAGAGACAGUGCCAUCCAUGGAGACAGGAGACCUGUGUGCCGACACUGCUCCUACACCCAAGAGUAAGCUGUGUCGGGACCCAGAGCCAGCUAACGACACCUGUGGCCUCACCCACUUCCCAGGGGCUCCAUUCAGAAACUACAUGAGCUACACAGAUGAUGAGUGCACUGACAGCUUCACCCCCAAUCAAGUAGCCCGGAUGCAUUGCUAUUUGGACCUCGUAUACCAGCAAUGGAGUGAAAGCAGAAAGCCCACCCCCAUUCCCAUCCCUCCCAUGGUUAUCGGGCAAACCAACAAGUCCCUCACUAUCCACUGGCUGCCUCCUAUCAGUGGAGUUGUGUAUGACAGGGCCCCUGGCAGUACGUGUGGUGCCUGUACUGAAGAUGGAACAUUCCGUCAGUAUGUAUACAAGGCUUCCUCUGGGCGGGUGUGUGACUCUUCCGGUUACUGGACUCCAGAGGAGGCUGUGGGGCCUCCUGAUGUGGACCAGCCCUGUGAGCCUAGCUUGCAGGCUUGGAGUCCUGAGCUCCACAUGUACCACAUGAAUAUGACUGUGCCCUGCCCAGAAGAAGGCUGUAGCUUAGAGCUGCUUUUCCAACACCCAGUCCAAGCUGAUACCCUCACACUCUGGGUCACUUACCUCUCCGUGAAUUCCUCCCGGGCACUCUUUGACAUAGAGAUCUUGCUAGAACUCAAGGAAUCUGUACACCUUGGUCCCUUAAACACUUUUUGUGACACACCACUUACCAUCAAACUCCACGUGGAUGGGAAAGUCUUGGGAGUCAAAGUCUACACCUUGGAUGAACGAAUGGAAAUUGAUGCUGCUCUCCUGACUUCUCGGCCCCAUAGUUCCUUGUGCUCUGGAUGCAGGCCUGUGAGUUAUCAGAUACUCCGGGAGCCUCCUUUUCCCAGUGGCUUGCCCAUGGUGGUGACACACCCGCACAGGAAGUUCACAGACAUGGAGGUCACACCCGGGCAGAUGUAUCAGUACCAAGUUCAAGCUGAAGCUGGAGGGGAACUUGGAGAGGCUUCACCUCCUCUGAGCCACAUUCACGGAGGCCAUUACUGUGGAGAUGGGAAGGUGGCAAGGAGUAUGGGGGAAAUGUGCGAUGAUGGAGACCUGUUGAGUGGAGAUGGGUGCUCAAGAGCAUGUAAACUAGAAGAAGGCUUCAAUUGUGUGGGGGAGCCAAGCCUUUGCUACAGGUAUGAGGGAGAUGGGAUUUGUGAACCUUUUGAGAAGGAAAACAGCAUCAUAGACUGUGGCCUCCAUACUCCUGAAGGACACUUGGACCAGUGGGCUACUCAGGCUUAUUCCUACCAUGAAGACAAGAAGAAGUGUCCUGUUUCCCUGGUAACAGGAGAACCUCAUUCAAUGAUUUGUGCUUCACAUCAUCCAGAUUCAUCCUCGAGUCAUCUCUCUCUUGGAUGGUUUCCCUGUGCCUUCAGUUUGAAGAGAGCCCAGGAUGAAGGCAGUGAACAGUCUGAAGAUAACCUGCAGAAGGACAAAGAGAUUUGGCUUGAAGUGUGUUUCGAUAGACCAGGAGUGGCAGUGGCACUUUUCCUUUUCUUGGCAUCUGAUGGCCUGGCCCCUGGGGAGCAUCAGCGGCCAACAGUGACCCUCUACCUGGUUGAUACCAGUGGGAGCAACCACUCUCUUGGAACCUAUGAACUGUCAUGUCAUCAUAAUCCACUGGUUAUCAAUGUGAGCCAUCAGGCGAAUGUCUACCCCCACCACACUUCUUCCAUGCUGCUGAAUUUUUCAUCCCCAUUGGUGGGCAUCUCAGCAGUGGCUCUAAGGACAUCCUCCCACACCAGUUCUUCAGCUCCCAGAAACUGCAUUUCAGAGAAAAAUCAUCAGGGACACAGCUGUGCCCAACGACCAUGUGAACAGGAAAGAUGUACACCAUUGAUACUUGAUCAUGCAGACAUGGUGAAUUGUACCUCCAGUGGCCCAGGUUACAUGAAGUGUUCUAUCACUUGUCAAAAGGGGUACGUCCUUCAGACCAGCAGUGGGCAGUACCUCAGGACCAUGCAGAAAGGGAUUCUCCUCACUUGCUCCUCUGGCCACUGGGACAAGGAUGUGAGCUGUACUCGCCUUGACUGUGGUGUUCCUGAUUCAUCCUUGGUGAAUUAUGCAAACUUCUCCUGCUUGGAGGGUACUGACUUUCUGAAACGCUGCUCCAUCUCAUGUGUCCCACCAGCCAAGCUCCAAGGACUGAGCCCGUGGCUGACUUGUCUUGAAGAUGGACUCUGGUCUCUCCCUGAAGUCUACUGCAAGUUGGAAUGUGAUGCUCCUCCAGUUAUUCCAAAUGCAAAUUUGCUCCUGCCACAUUGCCUAGAAGGCAACCACGAUGUGGGCACCAUCUGCAAAUAUGAAUGCAAACCAGGCUACUAUGUGAUGGAGAGUGCAGGGAUUCAAGGCAGGAAUAAGUUCCUGAAGAUACAAUGCCUGGAUGAUGGAACCUGGGAACAAAGGAGCUGCAUCCCCGUGGUGUGUGAGCCUCCUUCUCCUGUGUUUGAAGGCAUGUAUGAAUGUACAGAUGGCUUCAAGUUGGACAGCCAAUGUGUGCUCAACUGUAACCAGGAAAUGGAAAGGACUCCCAUCAUCUGCACUAAAGAGGGUCUAUGGACCCAGGAAUUCAAGUUGUGUGAAAACCUGCAAGGGGAAUGCCCGCCACCCCCUUCAGAGCUGAAUUCUGUGGAGUACAAGUGUGGACAGGGACAUGGGAUUGGUGCAGUGUGUUACCCGUCAUGUGUCGUCCCCCCUAGUGAUCCUGUGACGCUACCGGAGAAUGUGACUGCUGACACUUUGGAGCACUGGAUGGAACCUGUCAAAGUCCAGAGCAUUGUGUGUACCGGCCGGCGUCAGUGGCACCCAGAUCCCUCCCUGGUCUACUGCAUCCAGUCAUGUGAGCCUUUCCAAGCAGAUGGUUGGUGUGAUACUAUCAAUAACCGGGCCUAUUGCCACUACGAUGGAGGAGACUGCUGCUCUUCCACACUAUCUUCCAAGAAGGUCAUUCCAUUUGCUGCUGACUGUGACCUGGAUGAAUGCACCUGUCGAGAUCCUAAGGCAGAAGAAAAUCAGUAACUCUAGGACCAGAGCCCACCCUCCUCUGCCCUGGCGGCAGACUAAGAGAGAGAGGCUCCCGCAGCAGGAUGCAAAGGGUGAAUGAACAAUACAGGUCCCAUGGCCGAAGGAGAGCCUAGAACAGAGAGCCUGUAAGAAAUGCAAGAGAAUAUUUGUAGGUGCCAAUUCAUGCACUACAUAGCCCACAUAGGGAGGAAUUCUAGGCAAAAGUUUCUGUAAGAAGACAAUCGAUUAGAAACGGAAGGAGAAACGUGGCAGACAGGACCCUCUUCCACAUUUGUGCUCCACUCCACCCUUUCCUUACUCCUGCUCUCUUCUCCACUCUGCACACUGUCAGGGUCUCAGCCCCACCCGAGGUGUAAAACAACAUCAAAAUAUUAGAAGAUGAGCUGCCAGGGACACUCUGUUAAUCCCCAUUUCAGAUGGACUGUCAUCUUGCACGGCUCAUUGGCUCUAAAGUGGCCCUUUGCCUUUCUUUUGUGUAGUCUUUCUUAAAUAAUGAAGUUAGCUAUGUCUUUAUAAGUAUUUAAACAUAAUUAUAUAAAUAUAUUAUAUAUUUUGCUGUUUACCAAGCUAAAAAUUAUCCAUUAUUCCACACAUGCUGCUGUGAAGUUCAUGUCCAGAUGGAUACUGAAGCUUCAAAGACAGAAAGAAAGGUUCUUUUGCCCUCCUUCUACUGAUAGGAAUUGACAGGUUGGAUAGGCAGAGGAGAGAGUAGAUGUAAUUCUGGAUCCUAGACUGUCAGCUGAUCAUCACUUUAUGACCUGGGAUCUGGGCCUACUGAAAGGAGAUAGAUUUGGCGUGCUAAGAGCAAGAGGCAUGGAAAGUUACAAAAGGGAACCCAUUUGGCAGUAGGUCUAGUACAACUAGACAAUGGUUUCUAAGUAUCGCUCAAAAGGAACAUACAAACUUCUCCACUUCUCAGAACUCAGAGUUGGUGAAGUCCAGGGUCUUUUCCACUUCUCCAUGUGCCUAGUCCAAGGGUAGCUGUCAGCCAGCCAGCCAAAAAGUCUCUACUGGGGCUCCUCCGAACAGCAGGCUUACGGGAACUUUCACCCUCUUCAUACUUGGCCAGUUGGUGUCUCUCCUCAUUGGAUGUCCCAAAGUCUGGCCAUCAUUCACAGUCACAUCACCAACUGUUGAUUUUCUGAGAAAAAAAAAAAGCUUUGGAAAUUCAAGAGGGUAAAGGUGAAAAGAGAUAAAAGAAUAGAGAGGAAUGGAAAAGCCAAAGACUGUCAGAGAGGUGAGAGGUCAAUAUUAAAACAGGUUUGAGGAUAAGAGGAUGAAAUGAGUAGCCUGUUCCAAGUCUCCAAAGGAAGACCCGGUGAUCCUGUGAGCAAUGAGAUAAAUCUUACUCAAGUGGCAUCGCAUAAAGUUUGUGACCUAGCAAGCAAGCUUGGGAAACAUGUGGAGCGAGGGUGACACUCUGUGGGGAGAAAGAAGAAUUUCAGCAAUUUAGGGUCCAUUUUGUCUUUGCCAUUUUUUGUUCAAUAGCUAUAUGGACUACAUACAAAAAAGUUCCAUUAGCUCUUCUGUUUCCAUCCAUCUUAGGCUCACACUUUCCCGUGGAGUCUGUUCUAAGUGUGUUUUCUUACAACAGUUUCUGGAUCAGACCUAGAAAGACAGUAAGUGAUUCAUCUCCCCUGUUUAGCAAGGGUCUUGUCCUCUUACGAAGGCUCUGAGCUCUGUCUCCCCUAAUUUUUUUCUUCAGUGGAAACUGAGACCAGGCAAAACUCAGAGCCACUUCCAGUAUCUCCAUAGCCUCUCCUUUUGUUCUCCCUAUUCUUCAUUAUCCAUGAAGCAACUAAUCUAUCAAAGGAGAAAGGAAACAUUAUUGACCAUCAUCAGCAUACCACUCCUACUGUACACGUUAAGAGCAAUAUUAUGUAAUGACUGUGGAUAUGGCAAUAUACACAUCCUUACCUAUGGGCAAGUGGAGUGAGGACAAGGAAGUCACUGAGACAUGGAACAACAGAGUUUGUCCAUCCAAAAUUCCAUUGUUGCCUCUGUUCUUAGCUAUAUGGUAAACAGUUGCUUAAAUACUGUUGACUGUCUGAGGCACACUUCGUGCCCUGAGUCAAGAGAGACAAUUCAUAUGUAUUUCUGGAUCCUGAUAAGUUUAAAAUAGAAAGAACAAUAGAAAAGUUUAGAUUCUCUACUAAACACACACACACACACACACACACACACACACACACACACACACACACACACACACUAUAAAAUCCUUUUCUUGGAAAAACGUCCAAAUUCUAGGAUGCCUUGGGCAAUCGGGACAGAGGAGACAGAGACAGAGACAGGGUAAUAGUUAUCUUGGGCACAACUCAGUGCGGAGAGGCUGUGUCCCCCAUGAAUACUCACAAGUACACAGUGCUCCCCAAUGUGUGUCCAUGCUCAGCUUCUUUGUUAAGUCCAUUAAGAGUAACAGAGAGAACAUUUCCAUCCCAUACUUCAUUUUAAGAUACUUUGUUCCUUCUUGGCAACAUUCACUUUGCCCUGGGAAGGCAAGAGAACAGUUUCUGUGGUGUAUAAAAAGCUCCUCAGCCUGAAGGCCACUUAGCCAUAAUCAGCUAGAGACAGCGGCAGCAGUCUUGUCUAGACUUUGUCCCUGGGUCCCAGUGUUUGGAGUAACUCAAGUCCCUAAUAAAGAAAAUGACCAUAGAUCCCAGGGACAACUCACUUUUGUCCCCAUGAGAUUGUCUGCAUUUUUGUCUCUCUUACACAUCCAUAAUGUCAUCCAGGGCCCUUCACAGAGGCUCCUGUCUGUUCCUUUGUUCUAGAGUCACUUCUCUGUUUCUUCUUGUUCCUAGUAACUAGAGUUCUGAGGUCCACAUGGCCCAGGGGUGGCUGACUUCAAUAGUUAGCAUGGCAGCCUUCAAUCACAGAUACAGGAGAGAGGUCAGCAAGGACAAUGUGAAGAUACUGGCAAAGAAAGCAGCGAGUAAAGAGUCUCCUUGGUUCUUCCCUUCCUUUUCCAACAUUACAAGACAUUGGUCUUGACACUUCAUCUAUUCCGUGUGAUCUCUAUUGAGUGUGUCAGUUAGUACCCAAGGGGUUAGUUUGAUUGAAACACAGUGAAAGGAGCUGAUCUACUGUAUUGUAAUGUAAAACAGCUACAACCAGUUAUUUUAUAAGAUUAUAAAAUGUUCAUUAAAAAAUCAGCACACAAAAUAUGAAGUGUGUUUGGUGUCUUAUUCUUUGUUUAAAUGAUUUCAUUAUUUCUGAGUCACUUUUCAUUGGCCUGUACCAGAUCCACAUUUCCCUUAUUGGCUGAUCAUACCCUUCAGUCACUUGAAAACUAUUUGUUAUAUAAAUAGGUUAUGAAAGAGAGAUAAACAUGAAAGCCUACCAGAAGAGAUGACAUUUACAAAGGUGGAGUGUGUGACUGUUAUGCCAAGUGCCUUGUGAGCUGUGAAACACUGUAAAAGAAUCAUUUACAUUUCAGAAGUGAUAACCAUCGCCUCUGGAUACUAACAGGAGGUGGCCUUUGAAGGCUGGUUGGUAAAGGUUGCAUGUGAUUUGAUAGGCAGAAGCACAGGAGUGAGGAGAGAACAGAGGUGAAGAUAUGGGGAUAGUGAUGGGAAGGACUGUCCAUUAUUGGACAUCAGUGAGGCAACCGACUUAGCUGAAAGAUGGAACUAAAUUAAUAUGUACCAGGCACUUAUUUAAGCACAAUCUUAUUUAAUUCUCAUGGGGGAGAAGUCUGGAAAUCACAUAUUCUCUCUUCGCCGAUGAGAACACCAGCCACCAGUCUGGAGAAGCAAGUUCUUCUAGAUCCCAUGUCUAAACUAGCUUCAAGCCUGGUUUGGGGGAUACUGGGUGUAAGAAGGAAAUAAAUAGCAAUUAAUAAAGAAAAGGGGGGUGAUGAAAUGUCAGAGGUGUCACCGUGACCUCCCGUGACACUACCAUCUCUGAGAGAAAAGGGGAAUUAGGAGAGCAAGUUUGGGAACAAGAAUUUUAAUUUGCUCCUUUUAUAAACGUUGCUUGAUGGCCAGACAGAUAGUUUAGUUAGAAAUUUCACAUAAAGACUGUGAUCAGCAACCUGGAAGAGACUUCUGCACCUGGGACCGAUAGGCCAAAUUCUCUGGUCAUACCAGGCACAGCUGGGAAGGCCAGACAGAUAGCUCGUCCCACCUACCAGACACUUGGGAAGACAGGAGGAAAAGAUAGCUGGAAGCAUAAGCUUGGAUUGUGGGGAAGAGGUUUGUGGUUAGAAAUAAGUAUUUCAUAAUAAAAGGAAUUAUUACCUGGCAUUUUUUGCAAUGACUUGCAAAGUGCCUUCCUGUGAUUUUUAGCUAACUAUGGGUGAUGGGUGAGAUCACUUUUGCUUUUGCUAUUUUCCAAGUGAGGGAAUUGCAUGAUGGAGAGAUUAGAAAUGUGAAGUAUGUAUACUAAGGUGCACGUUGGAAAUAAGACUCCAAGUUUUGUUUUGUUUUGGUUUUUGCUCUUAGAUGUAAUGUGUUUUCUGUUAUGCUAUAUGUAACUCAGUAGACCCAAGAAUGAGCCCAGACUCUACUGCAAUAGGAAAGUUCACAGCUUUUCAUCUGUUUGUGUUUGAAGGUACUCACUGUGGUUUCCCUAGUCUUUUUCUCUCCUACUGCUGUCCAUGUCAAAUGGUAGGAAAUCCUCCCUGAGUACCCUCCCUGGACCCUCUCCUCAUGCCAGGUCUUGAGUGUAAGCAGAUGCCCUUGAACAUGCCAGUUUGGACAGCUGGACAGAAACGUCUGGCAAGGCCACAUUCUUCUUAAUAGUUUCCCUAAGGAAAGUCCUGGACAGAAACUUUAGAGCUCUGGUUUUCAUUGACUGACAAAUUGAAAAGACAUAAUGAGUCAUCCAUCCAUAAGCUGAGAGCCCUGGGCUAAGAGACCUUCUUUUCCGUUCAGGCCAUGCAGGUGAUGAACGCUCUGGGGGUGGAAAAAGGUGAGCGGAAUGCUUUACACUUUGAAAUUGCUUCAGUGAGUCUCUGGACUUGGUGUUCAGUCACUGUGUGUGUGUGUGUGUGUGUGUGUGUGUGUG